UCAGCGCGCUGCUUCGCUCCACACCACAUCCGGGUUGGAAAUUUGUUUCUGCAGAUGGUUUGGAUGUCAGAAUUCGCUGGAUAAACAUCACAGUUGCCGCCUUUGUUUAGACGUAAUGUCGGAGUUUACCACCCAAGGAGACUGCGUCAUAAUACGUCACUCAACAAAGCCAUGCUAUGAUGAUGGUGCUGCGGAGACUGCUGAGAAGGCGCUGGGUUCUGGGCGUGGUCUUUGGACUGUCACUCAUAUACUUUCUCACCAGCACUCUCAAACAGGAGGAGCGGACCAUACGGGACCGCACGCUGUUAGAGGUUAGAGAUUCAGACCACCGCAUCCCCUGGAAAGUCCGGUUCAACCUGGGCAACAGCAGCCGACAGAUCACUCAGUGCAGAAACUCCAUCCAGGGCAAGGCGCUGCUCACAGACGAACUUGGUUAUGUCUGUGAGAGAAAUGACUUGCUGGUUAACGGCUGCUGUAACAUCAACGCUCCCAGCUCCAGACAGUACAUUUGUAAAAGCUGCCUGGCAAACGGCUGCUGCAGCAUCUAUGAGUAUUGCGUGUCUUGUUGUCUCCAGCCUGAUAAGCAACCUCUCCUUGAGCGCUUCCUGAAUCGUGCAGCGGAAGGCUUCCAGAACCUCUUCACCGCUGUGGAGGAUCAUUUUGAGCUGUGCCUGGCCAAGUGUAGGACCUCUUCACAAAGUGUUCAACAUGAGAACACCUACCGAAACCCUCAAGCAAAGUACUGCUACGGAGAGAGUCCUCCAGAGCUCCUUCCUGUGUGAGCAUUUGACUUUUCUUCUCGGCUUCAAGAAGUGCUCUAACGGCAGCGGGUCAAUAAACGCGCCCCCUGUUCUCGGACACCUAAAGGUGCUUGGAGACGAGACUCUCUGCAAAUGAACUGCUGUCUUGGGACAAUUUUGCCUUUUAUAGUGGCAAAGAGAUGGAGACAUCCAAGACCAACCUCAUAAUGGACAAAAGCUAUAUGUGAUUUGAUUAUUUACACUUCAUAAGUGCAUCGAAGGCUCCAUACAUUCAUCCGUGAUGAUCAUCAGGUCUACGUAGCAGGCAGCUCAUCCAUCAGGAUUCGCCUCAAACCGGUUAAUGUCAUAAUGCAGGCUCCAUUUAAAAAAGAAAAAAAAAGGUAACAGCCGUUUCAUGUUUUUGUUUUAAUCCUAAAUACAGCAAAGAAUGUGUCAUUACUUCUGUGUGUAGUGCAUGCAUAUGAAACUAUUUAAUAAAAGU